AUGAAUACUUCCGCUGCAAAGAGGGAAGAAAACGUAAUUUACACGUAUCUUCGAUCAAUGGAGUUGGAGGAAAAGAGAAGACCAAUGAAGGAUUACAUGGAGAUACUUCAGAGAUACAUUACUCCAGAAUUGAGAGGAAAAUUGGUGGAUUGGUUAGUAGAAGUUGCUGAAGAAUACAAGCUUCAUAAUGAUACACUUCAUCUUGCUGUAUCAUACAUAGAUAUAUUCCUAUCUUCUCACCCUAUCAGAAGGAUCAACCUUGAAUUGUUGGGUGUUUCAUCCUUCUACAUUGCAUCGAAGUAUGAAGAUAUUACCCCACCCCAAGUGCAAGAUUUAUGCUUUACUACACGUGAUAAAUUCAACAAGGAAGAGGUUCAAGAGAUGGAAAAUAAAAUACUCAAGACCCUAGAUUUUGAUCUGAGCAACCCUACUGUUAUGACUUUUCUAAGGCAAGAAAGUGCCAAAUCUGAUUCAUAUUUGCAGUUUGAGUUCUUGACUAAUUAUCUUGCUGAGCUAAGUUUAUUGGAUUAUGAUUGUUUGAGCUUCUUGCCUUCUUUGGUGGCGGCGUCUGUUGUAUUUCUUGCUAGAAUCAUUUUUUGGCCUAAAUCUCUUCCAUGGACAAAAGCCCUGCAAGAAUACUCUGAGUAUAAACCAGUUGAGUUGAGAGAAUGUGUUCUCGUCUUACAUGAUUUGCAUACAUCCGAAAAGGGAGCAUCCUUUAAAGCUAUUCGAACGAAAUACAAGCAGCACGAGUUCGAAUAUGUGGCAGACCUGUCUUCGCCUCCUCGUUUACCAAGUUUUCUGUUUGGAGUGACGGAGUUGGAUGUGGUUCCAUGA